UUAAACAGCAACAAAACACUGCCUAAUACUCGAUUUAACUCUUAAAUGUGAACAGUGUAAAAUACGACUGUUCUAAUUUAAAUAUAAUUCGAAGUUUAUCUUGUGAUACCCUGAUGUGGGUGGAGUUUGAUCGAGUCCAUUCAGAGAAAUGAAAGCAAAACCUUGAAGCAGCCAGAAAUGCAGGAAGUAAACUGGAGAUCAACACGAUUCCCAUCGAGCUGCUCCUGUUUUUCACUGCUAGUCUAAAGUCAGUCAUGGCCUCCUCCAGCAAUUUUGUGCAGUUAUCUGAAGACCAGAUCCAGUGCUCCAUCUGUCUGGAUGUGUUCACUGAGCCAGUCUCAACACCAUGUGGACACAACUUCUGCAGGGCCUGUCUCACUACGUUCUGGGACAGCAGCAGCACCUGCCAGUGUCCGUUAUGUAAGAAGGAAUUCCCCAAAAGGCCAGAACUGUGUGUCAAUACCUUCAUCUCUGGUCUGAUUCUUCAGUUUAAAGAGUCACUUCAGAUCAAAUCCAGCAGCCCUUCCAAGAAAUCUACUGCUGAACAUGUGAAUGUACCAUGUGAUGUGUGCAUUGACCCCAAAAAGGAAGCCUUCAAAUCAUGUCUGGAUUGUGGAAUGUCAUUCUGUGAGGCACAUCUGGAGCAUCAUAAAACUGCAGCUAAACUUAAGAAACACAAAUUGAUCAAUCCUGUGACCAACCUGGAUGACUACAUCUGUCAAAAACACGAGAGAGCUGUAGAGCUGUACUGUAGAGAUGAUCAGACGUGUGUGUGUCUGUUCUGCACUGAGACAGACCAUAAGGGUCACAACACUGUUCUAAUAGAGGAAGAGAGCAGACAGAGGAAGGCUUUAAUAAAAGAAACACAAACACGUAUUCAGCAGAUGAUCCCGGAAAGAAUGCAGAAGAUUGAGGAUUUUAAACAUUCUGCAGACCUCAAGAAACAAAUUGCAGAUAACGAAAAAGCAGACAGCACUAAAGUCCUAAGAGCUCUAAUACACGCCAUUGAGGGAAGGCAGACUAGGCUGCUUGAUGAGAUCGAGGAGAAGCAGAAAGCAGAGGAACGGCAGGCUAAAGGGUUGAUUAAAGCCUUAGAGAAUGAAAUCAGGAAGCUACAGAGUAAAGACGCUGACCUGGAGGAGCUCUCUCACACAGAGGACAAUCUGUGCUUCGUAAUAAACCUUCCAACAGUCACUUUAUCCAUCCUUCCUCACACCAAUGACUGGACCGACAUCAACAUUAAGACUGAGGAGAGUAGAGAGAGUCUGAGGAGGAAUCUGCUUCAGCUUCAAGAAUUAGUCAAUAAAGAACUGGAGAAGAUACCAGAGAUAAGUUUGGACACUCAAAAAGCAGAGAUUCAACAACUGCUUGAAACUCGUCUAGUAGAAGGAGACACUUGGUAUUUGGUAGACAGUCAUUGGUUCACGCAAUGGAAAAAAUAUGUAGGCUUUGAGAGUCAGGAUAUCGAACACAAGGGAGACCGUGAUUUUUACCCUGGACCAGUUGACAACUCUGGUCUUCUGAAAGAUACAGAUUCACAUGCCAUCAAGGAUAAUCUCGUUAUUGAGCAGCAUUAUGUCCUUCUGCCCACAGAGGGGUGGCUUAAAUUAAUCAGCUGGUAUGGACUGGCCGAAGGUCAGAAGCCAGUUGCCCGAGAUGUUGUUCUGUAUGGCUCUAUUAAUAAGGUAUGCAAGGUGGUAGUCUACCCACGUUGGAAUCCAUGUAAAAUACAGUGAAAUGGAGAGUAUCACACACGUCUCUGGUUAUAAAGUAGAAUAAACAUGGAACAUGGCCUGGAGUAGUGGGAACAAACUCAAAAGUCCAACAUAAAAACAUUGAUUAGUGAACAUGUGACUAUAAAUUGAGAUGAAGAUCUGACAAUCUCCAAAGGGCAUGCAGUUUAAAAUUAUCUUUUUUUAUUUUAAACAGAAACCUUUUUUUUCAUCUGUUAAAUUCUGAAAAUAACUAAAAGGGAUAAGAGACCAAAGCAACAGUUUGGACGCUCUUUAUGGUUAGUACCUAGAAUCACAAUUUUUGGGAAGUAUCGCAAAGUGACUCGGUUCUGAUACAUCAGCUCACAGAUGCAUUGUGCUGAAAGACAUCACCCUUGGACUCUUUUUGACUCUUUUAAGUUUACACAAAAAUGUAACAAAUUUGCAAUUAUGCAAUGCUAUUGUUUAAAAUGUUAAAAAGUAUGUUUUAUCUUUACAUGCAUGCCCUUUGGAGAUCAUUUCAUCUUCACCUUGCUUAACAGUUCACAGUAACAGUCAUUUUGUCCAGGGGUGCCCAGACUUUUGCGUGCUACUUUAUAUUCGCAAAUUAUGUGUGAUUAAAGAUUUAAGAGAUGUUUUUGCCUGUCAUUUUCGUUAAACUGCCACAAGAGCAGCAUUAACAGGCAGCCAAAGCACUGGAUCUCCAGCACUGAUACAUCGAUAAACAGAUGCAUGUGCCAACCAGCAUCACAAUGGUGAUUUAAGACCAGUUAAUGCUUCUGCGUCAAUGCAUAUCCUGUGACAAUGUGCUACACAGCGGAAUAUUUUUAUACUUUUGCGUGUGCGUGUCCACGGCUCUGCAUCGCUCUGCAGUUUAAACCAUGAAGGCAUGAAUGUGUGGGUGGGAAUGCAGGGCACGGCUGCCAAUCACAGCUGCGACGUGUGUAGUUACUUUUUUGGGGAGGUGCACGUCAAGCUAUGGCAUAGGAUUCACGUCUAUGCACACAGGGUACACGUAGGCUACACUGAAGUUUGUUGCUGAAGUCUAAAUUAAGGCCUUAAGGGAGAGAGAGCCAUCUACCCAACCAAAGGGAGCAUGGCCAGUUAAUAACUCUCAGACUCCGGCUGCUGCUGGAGUGGCAGCAUGACCCAGGACCAGGGAAGCUUGUGAUCCUCCGGUUGUAGGCUUAGCUUUUUACUCUACUGAGCACUUGGAGCUUUAUACAUGACAUUACUGUGGUAAAAAUGCUUUCUAGAGACUAAUAAUCAAUAUAUAAGGCUUUCACUAAUGAAAACUGUUUUAGUAUUUUACUAUGUAAUGAUUAGGGACUAAUAGGACUGAUUGAACUCAUCGUCAUGAUGUGCUUUCUUUACUUAUCUUGUCUCUGUGAUGUUUAAUUGUUUUAAAUGUAAUGUAUGUCAUGUGGAUGUAAAAUAUAAUAAAGUGUCAACUAGGGGUGGGCGAUAUGGCUCUAAAAUAAUAUCACGAUAUUUCAGGGUAUUUUUGCGAUAACGAUAUACUUGGCGAUAUAGGAAAACUAAAAUAAUCCAUUCAUUUCAGGAAUAUAGUAUAAUAGUACUAAUAGUACUACAGAAUAGUCAUAAUGUGGCAAAAUAAAUAAUAUAGCAUAAAAUAAUAUAAUGCAGCAAAAAAUAUUGCAGAAUAUUUAGUGCAUGCAUAUAAACUGCAAACUAAAACAUUUAUACAAUAAAUACACCUAAAGCUUCACAGUAAAUAAUAGACUACUUUUAAGACAGAACAGCCCUAUUAUCAUGAUAUGGAUUUUUCAUAUCAUUAUAUUUCUGUGUCACGAGAUAUUGUAUACGAUAUAAUAUUGCCCACCCCUAGUGUCAACAUGCUUUAGAUUACUAAGAACAGAUCAUCUAAAUUUUAUAUAAAUUUUUUUAUAAAAAAAAAAAAAAAAAAAAAAAAAAUUCUUGAAGCAUUGUUCACAACAUUACUGUGUUAAAUUUGCUUACUAAAGAAAACCGAUCAAUAAAUAAAGCUAAAAUAAUUCAAACUAUUUAGUAUUUAGGGAGCACUAGAACUGAUUGAAUUCAUCGUCAUGAUGUGCUUUCUAUACUUAUCUUGUCUCUGUGAUGUCUAAUUGUUUCAAAUCUAUGUUAUUGUCAUGUGAAUGUAAAAUGUAAUAAAGUAUCAACAUGCUUCAGAUUACUAAGAACAGAUUACCUAAAUAUUUUUAAAAGAUUUUUUUUUUUUUUUUUUGGAUCAUUACCUACGACAUUACUGUGUUAAAAUUGCCUUCUAGAGAAUACUGAUCCAUAAAUAAGGCUAAAACUGAUUAAAACUAUUGCAGUAUUUUACUAGGAAAGGAUUAGGGAGUACUAGGACGACUAAUUGGAAGGAUGUGCUUCCUUUACUUUCUUUGUUUUAACUGUAUGUCAUGUGAAUGUAAAAUAUAAUAAAGUAUUAGCAUGCUUCAGAUUACUAAGAACAGAUCACCUACAUUUUUAAAUAUUUAUUUCUAUUUUGCACAGCAUUUUUGUGUUACAUUUGCUUUCUGGAGACUACUGAUCAAUAUAUAAUGCUUGACUAAUGAAAACGGUUUCAGUAUUUUACUAUGUAAUGAUUAGAGAGUACUAGGACUGAUUGAACUCAUCGGAAUGAUAUGAUUUCUGUACUUAUCUUGUCUCUGUGAUGUUUAAUUGUUUCAAAUGUAUGUCAUGUGAAUGUAAAAUAUAAUAAACUUGAAUCAACAUGCUUCAGAUUACCAAAAACAGAUCACCUAAAAAUACAAAUAUUAAAUAAAGCAUCUAUCAUGUA